AUGAGCUCAAAUCUUGACUUCUCGUCAGAAGGUCUAUUAGACCUUUCUUUCGAGCAACGUGACCCACGAUACCAAUAUACCAAUAUGGCUACGCGCUCGACCUGGCCACUGCCGCUGGAUAUGGCCUCAGGAGGAUCUGACGAACGACGGGAAACUUCGCCAGGACAUAGUGGACACCAGCAGUAUCAAACAAAUCAUCAUCAUCUUAACUCUCCAACAUUAUUGACAGACUGGCCGAUACAGCAACAACCUCAGCAUUUGUCACCCCAACAACUGUCACCUCAGCAGCUGUCGCAAUUUAUUCCGGAUAACACAUUGAUGGGACCACAGUAUACAUUUGGCAGCCCGUAUCAAACAACACCCCUCGACUAUGGCUUACCGGCAACGACACAGGCGGCACUCGAAGCCAGUCUUCAGAUGGAAGCUCCAUUUAAUGGACUCGCACAAACAGUCGAGGCACAGGCAAAUCAAUGGCAAGAUUGGCACGAAUUCGAGUAUGCCAUGAACUUCAAUGCGAACCAUGGGAUGCCAAGUAUAGGAAGACAGAGCCUUGGAAGCAACUCGCCGACAGGUACAUAUUUGGAAGUAUUAUCAUUACCUAGUUCGAGUAGCGAUCACGGAUGGUCGACGGUCGACACGUAUCAAGAUUUUAAUACAUAUCAACAAGCGCAGAAUGCAGCAAUUUUCAAUCCAGGACAGACAUUACAUUUGCGAAGUCACUCGGACUCAUCUCAAUCUGAUGGACAUCAAUCGAUAGAUACUUUUGGCAGUUUCGAGGAUUUAUCAUCAUAUCCAUAUUCGCCGUAUUCGCCGGGCUCUGAAAGUUAUUUGGAUGUGACUGGUGGACAUAGGAAUUGUUUCCACGGUGAAGCACACCAUCACAACCACGAUAUUAUUAGCCCCGCCGCGGCUGUUCUUCCUCAACCUAUCCAAGCAUCUUCUUCGAAAUCGACUGCGCCUUCGACGACUUCAAAUCGCACUUCCCCUUCAAAUACCUCUUCACCUGCGAGAAGAAACUCCGCGCCUCGCAAAAGUCCCACCGCCAAAGCCACCAAACCCGUUAUCCGCCGCACAUCGAAUGGAAAGAAAGAUGCUCCUCCAACCGAGAAGCGUGUUGGUAGAAGACGUGGACCACUAUUACCGGAGCAGAGGAAACAAGCCAGUGAAAUAAGGAAAUUGAGGGCAUGCUUACGUUGUAAGUUCUUGAAGAAGACUUGCGAUAAGGGUGAGCCGUGUGCUGGAUGUCAACCUUCGCAUGCUCGUUUAUGGCAGGUUCCUUGUACUCGUAUCGAUAUCAAGGAUAUUGGAUACUUUAUGAAGGACUGGAAGGCGGAUUACGAACGUCACGUGGGCCGUGGAGUGUCUGUUUACAACAUCAAGGGUUUCUCACAAAAGGAGGAGCUGCUAUGGAUUACUCACGGAUAUGGGUUUGCUCUUCCGAUUAUGGCUAGAGAGGUUUACGUUAGUGAUGAUAGUUGCUUCAAUGUAGACUGGGUAGAGGGCGUUCAUGAAGAACCUAUUGAAUUUGAAACUCGCACGGAAAGAAUGUCAGCUGGUGCCGAAGGUGUCUCGAAUGAAGCUUUGUCCGAAUAUCUUGAUAAACAUAUCGAUGGACCAUUUGAGGAGUUCAUCGAUGAGUACUUUGAGGGCACCCCUUUCAUUACUGAGAUAUUGAAGACCGCUCACCGCUACUACAUGAAAGAGAAGGUUUCCGUCGUCCGCAAAGCAUUGAAACUCGUCCUUGCCUACAAUCUCACAUUACAUGUUACCAUGGUCGAGCAACGAGGUGAUGAACACCCAAUGCAAGGUAUCAUCGACGACGAAGAUUCCAAAUUCAACGGAAAAGUUGUCGCACCCGUCAUGAUCAAUUUCCAGAUCAAGUGUGCCCUAGCCGACAUGUGGCGAGAACUGCAAAAGGAGAUUCUCGAAGAAUUGUCCUCGCUAUACUCUAGCGUCUACAGUGGCGACAGACUCAAGAACUGGCCUACCAUCUUCAUGCUCGCUUCUAUUCUCCUAGCCGUUUGGGAAGAAAUGCAAUUUGAUUGUCAUUACCGUGUUCCCGACCAAGCAGCCGUCAAUAAAUUCUGCAACGAUAUGGAAACUACGCCAGUUGGUGUUAUCGUCGGUCUCUUCCAUGCCAUCUCUCAAAAGCUCCCUGCGUUCACCGAUUGGGAAACGAGAAGACAUGGACAACUCCUCAACAACAACGUUGCUGUUUGUGAGGCUAUGACUGAAAUGCGAGGUCAUGUUACCAAGCAUGAAUCCUAUCUCAAGACACGACCCGACGCCAAAUUUGACCGUCGAGACUUUGACUGCCUCUCCAACAAAUUCCUCUCCAAACUCGUCAUUCGCGCCAACUAA